GGGCACGCCAGCAUCAUGGCCUCUUCCACCACGGCCGCGGCGCUCGCCUGCCUCCUCCCCGCCUCGCAGGCCUCGCGGCUCCCCAAGGCGGCAUCCUUCGCGCCCCUACCGGCUCACUCCGCGGCAUGGAGAAGGGCGGCGGUCUCCGUCGCGGCGCCGCGGAGGCGCAGGUCGGCGCCCGGCGUCGCCUACGCCACCGCAGCCACGGAGAAGAGCAUCUACGACUUCACCGUGAAGGAUAUUGAUGGAAAAGGUAUUGCUCUUAGCAAGUUCAAGGGAAAGGCACUGUUGAUUGUUAAUGUUGCUUCACAGUGCGGGCUUACAACAGCAAAUUACACCGAACUAUCUCAUCUUUACGAGAAGUACAAGGCUCAAGGGUUUGAGAUUCUGGCAUUCCCAUGCAAUCAAUUUGGUUUUCAAGAACCUGGAUCAAAUCCACAGAUAAAACAGUUUGCGUGUACAAGGUUCAAAGCUGAAUUUCCUAUUUUUGAUAAGGUUGAUGUCAAUGGACCUAACACAGCCCCUAUUUAUAAGUUUCUCAAGUCAAGUGCUGGAGGAUUUUUGGGUGAUCUAGUGAAGUGGAACUUUGAGAAGUUCUUAGUGGACAAAAACGGCAAAGUUGUGGAGAGGUAUCCACCAACAACUUCACCAUUCCAAAUUGAGAAGGACAUCCAGAAGCUCAUUGCGGCAUAAGUACUUUAGAGUCUAACUUCAGUUAAGAUGUCCUGUAUAUAUUUGUUUUUUUCUGAGAACUGAAGUUUUGCUUGUGAUUACAACUCCUCUGUGAUAAAAUGGUUCCUGUCUCUGCAAAA